GAGGAAGAGGGGGAAGUUGGCGCAUGCGCUUCAGGCUGAUGGGUUUGAAAUGGCUUCGGUGUUAGCCGGGACCCAAUUCAGGUGAAGGUCUAGUUCUCUCCGUUCAAGCGGCGGCGGAGGUGGCGGAGCUGAAGUCCAAUUGAUCCGCGGAAGGCCUGGGAACGACCCUUUCGGUAGCACGGCGCCUGCUGGCUGACGACGGUCACUGCUAUAGAAGACAAACACGUGAAGGUCUUCCCCCAGCUUCUAGCAUGGCUCAGUUUGGAGGACAGAAGAAUCCACCAUGGGCUACUCAGUUUACAGCCACUGCAGUAUCUCAACCAGCUGCAUUGGGUGUUCAGCAGCCAUCACUCCUCGGAGCAUCUCCUACCAUUUAUACACAGCAAACUGCAUUGGCGGCAGCAGGCCUUACCACGCAAACCCCAGCAAACUAUCAAUUAACUCAAACUGCAGCAUUGCAACAACAAGCCGCAGCUGCAGCAGCUGCAUUGCAACAGCAAUAUUCACAACCUCAGCAGGCCUUGUAUAGUGUGCAGCAACAGUUACAGCAACCUCAGCAGACCCUUUUAACACAGCCAGCUGUUGCACUGCCUACAAGUCUUAGCCUAUCUACUCCUCAGCCUGCAGCACAGAUAACUGUAUCAUAUCCAACACCAAGGUCCAGUCAACAACAAACUCAACCUCAGAAACAGCGUGUUUUCACAGGGGUGGUCACAAAACUACAUGAUACAUUUGGAUUUGUGGAUGAAGAUGUAUUCUUUCAGCUUAGUGCUGUCAAAGGGAAAACCCCACAAGUGGGUGACAGAGUAUUGGUUGAAGCUACAUAUAAUCCUAAUAUGCCUUUUAAAUGGAAUGCACAGAGAAUUCAAACACUACCAAAUCAGAAUCAGUCCCAAACCCAACCUUUACUGAAGACUCCUCCUGCUGUACUUCAGCCAAUUGCACCACAGACGACAUUUGGUGUUCAGGCUCAGCCCCAGCCUCAGUCACUGCUGCAGGCACAGAUUUCAGCAGCUUCUAUUACUCCACUACUGCAGACUCAGCCACAGCCUUUAUUACAGCAGCCACAACAGAAAGCUGGUUUAUUGCAGCCUCCUGUUCGUAUAGUUUCACAGCCACAACCAGCACGAAGAUUAGAUCCACCAUCCAGAUUUUCAGGAAGGAAUGACAGAGGGGAUCAAGUGCCUAACAGAAAAGAUGACCGGAGUCGUGAAAGGGAAAGAGAACGUCGUAGAUCCAGAGAAAGAUCUCCUCAGAGAAAACGUUCCCGAGAGAGAUCUCCUCGAAGAGAGAGAGAACGAUCACCUCGGAGAGUUCGCCGUGUUGUUCCACGUACACAGUUCAGUUUUCCAAGUUUUUCUUUAGAUUGUCCUAGUUGUGACAUGAUGGAACUAAGGCGCCGUUAUCAGAAUUUAUAUAUACCUAGUGACUUUUUUGAUGCUCAGUUUACAUGGGUGGAUGCUUUCCCUUUGUCAAGACCAUUUCAGCUGGGAAAUUACUGCAAUUUCUAUGUAAUGCACAGAGAAGUAGAGUCCUUAGAAAAAAAUAUGGCCAUUCUCGAUCCUCCAGAUGCUGACCACUUAUACAGUGCAAAGGUUUUAAUGCUGAUGGCUAGCCCUAGUAGAGAUUUGUAUCAUAAGUCAUGUGCUCUAGCUGAAGACCCACAAGAACUCGUCGAUGGAUUUCAGCAUCCUGCUAGACUUGUUAAGUUACCAGCAGGUAGUAAAAAUGAUAUGGAAAGUUUUAGUGGGCAUGAAGGCAAGGAUGAAGCCAGCAUUGGAGGCCACUGGUCUCUGUUGGAUGGACCAGACCCAGAAAAAGACCCCUCUGUGUUGAUUAGACUGCUAUUCGUUGUUGAAAGGCUUCUGACAGGCAUUGAUCUAAGUGUAUGCACACAAUGGUACCGUUUUGCAGAGAUUCGCUACCAUCGCCCUGAGGAGACCCACAAGGGGCGUACAGUUCCAGCUCAUGUGGAGACAGUGGUUUUAUUUUUCCCGGGUUGGCAUUGCCUUCCCACCCGCUCAGAGUGGGAAACCCUCUCCGAGGAUACAGCAGCAGCUGGUCGAGAGCUUUAUUCUAGUCAUGGAUAUUUGAAAUUGGACAACCACAAGUCUGAGAGAUUUGAAAUUUCAGGCUGUGUGGCCAUCGUCUUUGGUGUACAUUUGAAAGGUCUGACUAAAUCAGUCUUAACUUUGGGUGGCUUGAAAAUUGGGGCAGAUCACACACUAGAGAAAGAUGAUGGUGCUAAAGAAAUUUCUACUCCUACCCAUUGGUCUAAACUUGAUCCAAAGACAAUGAAGGUAAAUGAUCUCCGAAAAGAAUUAGAAAGUCGAACCCUUAGCUCCAAAGGGUUAAAGUCCCAGCUGAUAGCCCGAUUGACCAAACAGCUUAAAGUAGAAGAGCAAAAAGAAGAGCAAAAGGAAUUAGAGAAAUCUGAAAAAGAAGAUGAAGAGGAGGAUGAUAGGAAAUCUGAAGAUGAUAAAGAGGAAGAAGAAAGAAAACGUCAAGAGGAAAUGGAACGUCAGCGUCGUGAAAGAAGAUAUAUUUUGCCUGAUGAACCAGCCAUUAUUGUACAUCCAAAUUGGGCUGCAAAAAGUGGCAAGUUUGAUUGUAGCAUUAUGUCUUUGAGUGUACUUUUGGACUACAGAUUAGAAGAUAAUAAAGAGCAUUCAUUUGAGGUUUCAUUGUUUGCAGAACUUUUCAAUGAAAUGCUUCAAAGAGAUUUUGGUGUCAGAAUAUACAAAUCAUUAUUAUCUCUUCCUGAGAAAGAGGACAAAAAAGAAAAGGAAAAGAAAAGCAAAAAAGAUGAGAGAAAAGAUAAAAAAGAAGAAAGAGAUGAUGAAGUUGAUGAGCCAAAGCCCAAACUGAGAAAAUCAGGCGAUGACAAAGAUAAAAAAGAAGAUAGAGAUGAAAGGAAGGUCUGUAAUCAGAAAAAGAAGAUAAAGAAAGAUGAUUCUAAAGAUGAUGGAACUGAAGAAGAUAAUAAUCAAGAUGAUAGACCAAUGGAAGCAGAAGCAGCUGAGGAUGAAGAUGAUGAUCGGGAUGAAGAAGAAAUAAACAAACGAGAUGACAAAAGAGAUAUCAGCAGGUACUGCAAGGAGAGGCCCUCUAAAGAUAAGGAAAAAGAAAAGACUCAGAUGAUCACAAUUAACAGGGAUCUGUUAAUGGCAUUCGUUUUAUUUGAUCAAAGCCAUUGUGGUUACCUUCUUGAAAAGGAUUUGGAAGAAAUACUUUAUACUCUUGGACUACAUCUUUCUCGGGCUCAGGUAAAGAAGCUUCUUAAUAAAGUAGUACUCCGUGAAUCCUGCUUUUACCCGGAAAUUAACAGAUACCUCAAAGAUGAAGAAAACCAUGAGGAGUCUGAAGCACUACAAGAAGAUAUGCUAGGAAACAGGUUGUUACUUCCAACACCAACAGUAACAGAAUCCAAGGAUGUGGAAGAAAACGUUGGCCUUAUUGUGUACAAUGGUGCGAUGGUAGAUGUAGAAGCUUUGCAAAAAUUGGAAAAAAGUGAAAAAGUAAGAGCUGAAGUAGAGCAGAAGCUACAGUUACUAGAAGAAAAAACUGGUAAGGAAGGAAAAACCAUAUUAAAUUUGGAGAAUUCCAACAAAAGUCUCUCUGGUGAACUCAGAGAAGUUAAAAAGGACCUUAGUCAGUUACAGAAACUUAAAGAUGUCAGAAAACUGAAUUUGCAAUUUGAAAACCAACUGAAUAAGACAAGCAGAAACUUAUCCACAGUAAUGGAUGAAAUCCACACUGUUCGCAAAAAGGAUAAUGUGAAGAGUGACGAUAAAGAUCAGAAAUCCAAGGAGAAUGGUGCAAGUGUAUGAUGAUACAUGUAGUGAUGAGGAAUGCUGUUAAAUAAUGUAAUAUAAAAAAUCAUGAUACAAGAUGUUUGAAAGUGAUGCAUGUUUGAUUUUAGUAGUAUAAAUGUCUGUUAGUUCAAAUGAUGUAUAAAGUUUUAUGAAUGUGAGAGUCUCUGCUUUUGAAAAUUGCUUGUAAUUCCUGGCAUUCAAAUUAUUAAACACUCCUUGAGUGAAAUAAUUUUGCAUUGCAAAAUGUUUUAGGAUGAACUUUGUUAUAGUUUUAACCCCAAUAAAGUUCAUCUAUUUAAUUGACAGUA